UUCAACUCGGUUAGCAAAUAUGCACUUUUGAAUUAUAGCAAAAUUUGAGGCCAAUUUACAAAUUCUGAAACCUGGCCUGAAGAAACACUUCGUGUAAUCCUAACCGUAGAUCAGGAACACCUCUCAAUUACAGUCCUCAGAUCUAGGGUUCGACGUACACGGAACCCCAUUUAUAUACUUUCUCUAGUCUCGGCCUCUUUCUUGUGCCAAAUUGCCAAUACCCAAACGAGAGGCUGUGGAAGAGCUCCGAAAAGGUGAAAAAUGGUUCAGCGACUCACUUACCGGGGAAGGCACAGUUACGCCACCAAAUCUAAUCAGCACCGCAUCGUCAAGACCCCUGGCGGGAAAUUGGUGUAUCAGACCACCAAGAAGAGGGCAAGUGGGCCUAAGUGUCCCGUCACUGGCAAGAGAAUUCAAGGGAUUCCUCACUUGAGACCUGCUGAGUACAAAAGAUCUAGAUUGUCCAGGAACCGACGCACUGUCAAUCGUGCCUAUGGUGGUGUAUUGUCUGGAGGUGCUGUCAGGGAAAGGAUCAUCCGAGCCUUCUUAGUGGAAGAACAAAAGAUUGUAAAGAAGGUCUUGAAGAUUCAGAAGGCAAAGGAGAAACAAGCCUCAAGGAGCUAAGAUGAGAGGAUGAUAAAGCUAAGUCUUGUGAGUUCGAAGAUAUGCUGGGGAGAAAUUUUGGUCAAUGAGAUCUGUAAUUUGAAUUUGGAGAUUUUCAAUUUUAGUUUGUUUGCUACCUGAUUAUUUGCAUACUUUUUUGUGCACUUUCACAGGAGAUUAGUUGUUUAAUGUGACAGUUUGUGUUUUUGAUCACUUGGAAUAUCCUGUCUUUUGAUAAUUCUAGUAUAAUUACUGAAUUCUGUA